UUACAGUUCAACAUAAUCGCCUUGCCGGGUAGUCGCGAGCUUUUUCUUUUUAACCAUUUUCGAUACGCUUACGUCGGUGGUUAAAGUUGUUUUUCGAACUUUUCUUUGCCGACGCGUUUUCGGCUUUUUUUUUCGGUCAUGGGUGGUUCAGUGCGCAGAUUUUAUCAUGGAGUGGGGUGGUAGAAAAAAUUGAGUCGUGGGGGGUUUAAAUUUUUCCGGGGAGAGAGGGAUGUAUUGAAGUAACUUAAAAUUUUACUUUCGAAAAAAAAAAAUCAUUGAAGUGAAAUUUUUUGAAGAACCAAAAGGCACAUAUGAAGGGUUAACAACAACAAAAUCUAAACAUGAAGAUAAUAAUUUAAGAACUAAAAUGGAAACUUCUUCGGUAAUGCACAGAUCCAGUAGGAUUUCGAAAUCGAAAUUGAAAAGCUAUCAUCACAAAAGUAAAAAAACAAUCACAAGAAACAAUAAUAAUCUUCAACAAACGCGUAACGGCGAACAUCACAAAUAUCAUCACGAUUUAAUACGAAGCCGGAGAGUAAGAAAUGGCAAACAUCUUGCUAAAUUGAACGGUAAUUUAAAAUUUGCAACAAAAUUUGAUGCUAAAGAUGAAAAAUCCAUGGUAGAUGGGAACAAUGAGGGCAAGAUCAACAAAGAUGAGUUGUUAAUUGGCAAUUUCACAAGGGAGGUCUACAACGCAAUAUGUUUGAGACUCGGAGAUACUUUACACAUACCAGAGGACUCGGUGAAGGUGUUGUUCAAUGACAUGCACCUGUUCCCUUCUGACACGCAAGUAACAAAGAUGCUCCAAUGUGCGAGACAAUACAGUAGAAGAAAUGGCACCAGCACCAAUUUUCUUACCUUUGGUGAAUUCUGCGUUUUCGUCCGAGAAAUGCAGAAUCACCCCAGUCCGAAAGCACACAGGAAAACAUCACAACCCAAAAUAAACAACAACAAGUGUCCAAACAACAAGUGCGAAGUCUUCCUCGGCGGUUCCUGCAAUCCAACAACAUGGAGAGCGGAUACAGCCAUACCGGAACUGCAAAAAUAUGGCAUCAGUUUUUACAACCCCCAAGUUUCAAUGUGGGCCCCAGAACUUUUAGCUCAGGAACACGACGCCAAGCAGUCAGCUUCGGUAUUACUUUUCGUCAUCGACAGUCAAACCAGGAGCACCGUAGGAAUGGUGGAAGUCGCUUAUCUGGUAGCUUGCGGUAGAUGUGUGAUAGUUGUAGCCCAACCCUAUAGGAUAGGACAAACGAUUAUGGGGGAAGUUAUUACAGAUGGAGAAUACUGUGAUUUGGUACAAGGACAAAAAUCCUUACUAGAUCUAAUCAAAUCCAAGGGAGUACAAAUUCACACAAACCUAUCUACAGCAUUACAUUGUACAGCGGAAAUUUUGAGAGAUGUAUCAAUCAAUGGCACUACACCUGAAGAACAAGUAGCUUACAAACUUAGACGACUCCGAGAAGUCUACGACAGUUACAAGGGUCACAUGCGUAUUUACGACGUAAUUGACGCUUACCGCCGUCUCACCAAUCGUUCGUUGGAAAUUUCUAAGUUGUACAAUUAUUUCAAUUUACAAAACGUCAACGGCUCAUCUAAUGGUGUGGUCGGUAAUGGUACAACAGAAGAAACACCGUUGAGUUUUGAGAAAUUCUGCACUGUAAUGGCUGAGCUUAGUUCUGAUGACGGAUGCGGCAUGUGUAAUAUCGAAGCUUGGGCUACUCAAACCUUCACAAGAAACCAGCACACUCAAGGUUCGGCCACAACUCCUCAAAAUCGCUCGUCAAAUUGCGCUGUGAACCCAACGCAAGAAGCGACGCCAAAUUUGAUCAACGGCAAACCACUGUAUGAUGUUUACUUGGGAGGCAGUUUAUCUACGGGUACCACAUGGCGGGAAGACGUUGCUGUACCUUUGUUGAAAGAAAAUGGGUUGCAGUAUUACAAUCCAACAAUUAGGGAUCAAAGGGAUUCGAUAGCUCGAGAAAACAGUCAAGACGAUGUCUCUAGAUGGCGGGACGAGAUUGGCCAGUGUAAAACAGCCUUGUUUGUUAUAACCAGUGAUAGGAGGUGUCUAACAAGCAUGAUAUUGGCUGCGUAUUUUAUCGGUAUUGGCAAAGAUGUGGUCCUCAGCAUAGAGCAAUUAGAUGGAGAUAGCUGUGUUGUUGCUGAUGAAACGUUAACAAAAAUCGCAAUCAAAGACUACAACCGUGCACGUGCCUACCUCAAAGAUCUAGCGGAGCGCCGUCAAGUGGCGGUUUUCGAAAACGUAACCCAGGCUGUGGAGCACAUAGUUUCAAAAACUAGAGUUGUAGAUAAAAACAGCACUCGGACUGAAUUGAACAGAUAGUGAGGUUGAUCUCUUUGUAUUUCGAAGUAUUUUGGUUGAGAAAUUUGCAAGAUGGCAGCUAUAAUAAGCUCUCUUUGAUGAGGUUUUUUUGAUAGCAGUUUAAUACGCUUCUAAAUAAUAAAUAAUACGAAGAGAUUGUUCUCUUCUUAUAUAAUAUUUUUGAUCGUGAUUAUUUAUUUAAACGUAUGUAAAGUGUUUUAACCGUUUUUUUCUUAACUUUUCUGUUGUUAGUUGUUAUCUAAUUUAUAUAGAGGUAUUUUUUUUCAUCAGUGUUUUGCGGGUUUAUUUGAAUACAUGGACAGCGUAAAUGCGAUUAUUUAACCCAAGAGAUCGUGCCUUUUUAGGUUUUAAGUUUUAAGUUUCUUUUUUUACUUUUUAACUAUUUAACAUUUGAAAAUUUUAAUAAACAAUAAUCAAUUUCGUCGAUAAACGCUUUUUUAAAAACAUCACAAGCUUUUGUAAUGUUUCGAGCGAAAAAUAAUAAUUUUAUCAUUGGAAAGACAUGAUCUUUUGCGCGUUGUUAAUUUAAGGAAUUCAAUGUAACCGGUUGGUAGUGGAAUGAAACAUAAUAUCUUGAAAAUUUAAGUGUAUUUUUUUUACAUUACAUAUUACACUUCCAACUUAUUUCACACUGGCUUAAAGCCCCGGCAACUCCAUUACAAAAUAGUUUAUAUUAUACAUAUUAUUUACUAAUAAUUAAUAUUUUUUUUUGUAAAUAAAUUAAUUUGUUGUUUUGUAAACCUAGUUCUUUAUUAAAAAAAAAUUAUAAAAUUAGUCCGUCACAUUUACACUAUAUACAUAUUACAUUUAUCAGAUAGUUUAUAUGUUUAUCGAUCAUGUUGGUUUUUUUCUUCUUUGUACCUUUGUAUUUUUUUUUAUAUACAUUAUAUUUGAAUUUGUGUGGUUUUGUCAAAAAUUCCAUUAAGGAAGUUAAACUGUUCCAUGUCCAUCAUAAUGUAAAUGUAACUUGUCUCAAGAUCUAAUAGUUUCGAAGAUUCUGAUUACAGAUUGAGUGUGUUUUUUUUUCUUUAAUAAUUAUGUCAUAUUUGUAUAGGAAUAUUUGGCAAAACUACAAAGCUGGUAUUUCCAGUCUGAUCAAGGCAGCCAUUAAAAAAAAAAUAAGUUCCUUUAAACAUAAGGUCUGUUACUUAAAAAUAGUUAUGUAUGCAACAAGUGUGUAAAGUGAACCUUUUUUCACGAAUGUGAAUUUUGACGCACGAGCCGAAGGCGAGUGCGACAAUAACAUGAGUGAAAAAAGGUGCUUUACACACGUAUUGCAUACAAAAUUUUUUCUACUACCAAUCAAAUAUGUAUGAAACGAUAAAUUUAGACAAAUACUUUAAGCACUAGUGCGUAAAGAAUUUUCACUUUACGCACUAGUGCGUGAAGUAAUUUACCAGAAAAAUUCCAAAUUGACAAUGUGACAUCCGAGGUGACAUCUGUCAUUGACAUUACUUUACGCACUAGUGUGUGAAGUCAGUUACUUUACGCACUAGUGCGUGAAGUGAAAUUUUACGUCUUCUCAAUAGCGCAUAAAGUGAGUACCUACUUUACGCACAGUAGUAGAAAAAUGUAUUUUCCUGUUGUUCCCGAAAUGAUUUUUUUUGUCGUUUUUUUUUUGAAAAUUCUAUCAAACUAAGGUACAAUUACCUAAAAUCUAAAUACGUAAUUCAUAUUAAUGUACUAAGUAAAUAAAAACAUCACAUGAUUUUUUCUUCACAUUUUUCUGAUGUUUUCUGCAAACGAGUAAAUUAAUCACAGAUACGUUAUCAAUAAACAAUAGUUUGUUUUUUCUUUCUAAUUAAAGUACUUAAAAAAUUGAGAAAUGUCUCAAAAUUGCAUUAAAAUUUGAUUGAAAGAAACGAGAUUGGUUUUGCAUCGCAUAUAUUUAUAAUUAAUAUGUUGGCCUAUCAUCAAAUAUUAAAAACUUUGCCUCUAUAUGAGAUUCUACAGGCAUUAUUUAGUAUUUGAUUUGAUUGGAGCUAUUUCAUUUAUUAGUUAUUAGUUGUUUUUUUGGGUGGGUAAUUUUGAUGCAUUUUAUCAAAAAUGCGUCCACGUUAGUUUUUUCUUUUCUGUGUGGUUACGAUCGUACUUUUUUUCCUAUAAAAUUUGCUCAGUUUUAUUGAAACUGAAUCAAGUUUUUAUCUGAGUGUUGAGGUAGUAGGAGGCUCGGUGGUUCGCGUUUUGUCUGCAAUGUUUGUUUAUAUAUUUUUCGCUACUAUUUAUUAUCUUAUAUUUUUUACAAUUAAUAAAUUUAUUAUUAUACAUGUAUUUGUACAUCAUUUUUUUAUUACGAUUGCUAGGAAUAAUGUAAGUCUGUUUUUAUUAAAUUGUGACCAAGGCCUGAUUUUUUUUACGCUGCCAAUUUUAUGGAAAAAAAAACUGAAUAUUAUUGCAAAACUUUAGAGUCAUUUAAAGGUUGACAUCUUCAUCAACUAGUAAAAGUUCGGUUAACUUUAUUCCUUAGUUAACUAAAUAGUAGUAAGACUUUGGAAUUCCAAAAUCUACUACUUUUUAGUUACCUGAUCAAUCAAAUUUUUUCCAUGAAUAAAAAUUGUCAAUAGUAUUCGGUUUAAUCAAAUAUACAGAAUAAAUUAUGUCGCAGGCUAAUUCAUAGAUCUAAACAGAACAAAAAGCACAAAAGUUGGUACUCCUGGUGUCUGGAAAAUGUAGCUCAAUUAAUCGCAAACUUCUGCAUUUAUUGUUCUGUUUGUUUUAUUGAUGUUUCAUCCUUUUUAUUCACAAUAUAAACGAUUUGGUGUAACUGCCACAAUUUUUGGGUUUCGAAGUAAGAAAUAAGAGCGUUAUCACUAAUUUGGCUUGAUUUUGAAGAGUUAUGUACCUGAAUCAAUAUGUUGGAAGUCGGUUAGCUAAUAUUUAACUUAUACAUUAUUAAUUUAGUUAAUACAUAAUAUUAUUAUAAUGUAAGCCUAUAUAAAGAGAGCAACAUUUUUAACAAGAAUCUCUUGUACCUAAUUAUUAUUACUAAUAUGGUUUUUUUAAAAUAAAUAUUGUCCAAAGUAAUAUUAAUAAAGAUGUGUUUAAGAAUAUAAAUUAAUUGGCAGUAAAGUAAAUCAAACUAAUCAAUAAAAUGAUACAUUUGUGUAUUAUAAAUGUACAUUAUUUUUUAAAUAACGAAGUUAUUAUACUUUAGGCUUAAAUUUUAUUGUAUUUUUUUUAGCACUUACAUUAUUAUCGUCGUAUGUAUUUAUUUCCUUUUUUUAAUGUACAAUUAAAAAUUACUAAAAAAAAA